CAAAUAUGGCGGCAGCCACAUCGAGUUCAAGCCAAAUAGUCCAAUAUGUCAUUGUACGAGGAGAUUUAUUAAAGGCUUGUAAAUGGCCAGUUGGAGCUUUAAUUGCUCAAGCAUGCCAUGCAACAUCAGCUGUUCUUCACUUGUAUUAUGAUGAUGUUUACACUCAGAAAUACCUGAAAGAUUUGGAUCGUAUGCAUAAAGUGAUUUUGGAAGCACCUGAUGAAUCCAGUUUAUGGAAACUCUCAAAUGAAUUAGAAACAAAUGAAAUUUAUCAUAAAAUAUGGAUCGAACAGCCAGAAAACUUUCCAACAUGUAUAGCAUGUAAACCUUAUCCAAAAACUGAAGUCCAGAAAUAUUUUAAGCAGUUUAAGUUAUUUAAAUAAAAGUUUUGUAUAUGCUGUGUAUUUUGGUAUAUAUUUUUGUACUAUUGCUUUUUCAACUGAAUUAUUAUAUGAAAAGAAUAUAGAUGUUCUUGUGCUUAGGAAAGGUGAUAUAUAUAGAAAGAAAUCUCAUUUAUUUAUAUCUUUAUUUUGUUAAAUGUAAAACAAUUGUGAACUUCUUUCAAAUAUAUUAUAAGUAUAUAUUUAGUUUUCUUUACAAUGGCAAUUAUAAUUGUUUUCAAUUUGCUUUUAAAUUUAAUUGUAAGAUAACAAAUUAGAUUAUCUUUACAUCAAUUAAUUUCAUGUCAAUUUAAUAAAAAUUCAAAUAUAUAUAUGUACUUGAUUUCAUAUAUAAGAUACUAUUAUCACACACAUAUUUGCUACACACAUUUUCAUGAUCGUAUUAUGUGUAUAGUAAUUCAGUAAUUAGAUCUUAUAAACAUUUUGAGACGAAGAUGCUUUUUUAAAGUAUGGAAUGUUAUAACUGAAAAAGGUUCCCACCACCAUUUUUAUACUUUUCCUUUUGUAAAUAUUUUUAUUGCAAUUUUUGCAGUUAUCUUUUUGUAUUACUGCUGACUAUUUAGUCAGAAGCUUUUUUUUAAUGUAGCUAUAUUAUUUCUGAUCAUAUG